CGAGGGUGCCCAUCCGUCCGUCAUCCUCUUCUUUCUCUCGAUUCUAGGGUUUCGUCCGGCUCGUCCUUUACCCCCUUGCUGUCUUUGAUCCCAAGGAUUUUGAUUCGGCGUUCGGAUCGAUCGAUUCUUGAUUCCUUUCGAAGAAGAAGGGAGGGAUGUACAACGGAAUCGGGCUGACGACCCCGCGGGGGUCGGGCACCAACGGCUACAUCCAGACCAACAAGUUCUUCGUCAAGCCGAAGGCCGUCCCCGCCAGGGCUGACGCCUCCUAUGACGGCGCCGGCGCUCUCCCGGAGGGCGCCGUCCGGAAGCCCAACAAGGACAUCCUCGAGCACGACCGCAAGCGCCAGAUCCAGCUCCGCCUCCUCGUCCUCCAGGAAACCCUAGCAGAUCAGGGCUACACGGAGGACGAGAUCGCCGAGAAGCUCCAGGAAACGCAGAAGAACCUGGAGGCUGAAGCGGCCGCCGCCGCCGCUGAUGUACGUAGCGGUGCUCCUCCUCUCCCCGGCAAGAGGUUUACAGAUACACAGACCCAUCAUAUUGCUGCACUUAAGGAGAAACAACUUGAAACUUUGAGAGCAGCUCUUAAGAUAGAAGACAGGAAGAAAUCAUCUGAACAUGAACAACAAGAAGAAAAUCAGCAGGACAAAGAAAGUGACUUAGAGCCUGGAGAACUUGUUGAUGAGAAAUAUCAAGAGCAUAAAAGGAAUCCAAAGGACUCUGACAGGCAACAGGAAAAAUAUGAUGACAGACAUGUGGAUAGUAAGAGGAAAAAACAGGUGGUGGAAAGAUUCGGAAGUGAGAAAGGUCUGAAGGACAUAAACGAGAAGGAAAAGAAGAACAAUGAAGGCAGGAGGUCUCCAAAUGAUGAGCUGAAGCACCAUGACAAAGAUAUCAGAAAGGGAAAAUACAAGGAUGGUUCCGAUAGUGAUAGCAGUAGAAGUAUUGAAUUGGAAAAGAGGAAACAUGGAAAAAGUGUGCGCAGACAUGAUUCUGAAGAUGAUUCUGAUGUCCGGAGCAAGAAGCGGCUUGGAAAAAGUGCACGCAGACAUGAUUUUGAUGUCCCAAGCAGUCAGAAGGACAAAAAAAGGGGUUUCAAAAUGCAAGGAAAGAAGAAUGAAAAUCAGCAAACUGAUGAUUCCGAUUCUGUUAGUGACUCAUCAUCAGAUUCUGACAGUGAAUCUGAGGAGGAAAAUGCCAGAAGAGAACCAGAGAAAUAUGUCAAGAAACAUAGGAGGCAUGAUACUGAUUCAGAUUCAGACAGAAAUGCUCAGGACAAGAAAAAACUUGUGGGGGGGCAAUGGACAAAAAAUAAGAGACAUGACUCUGAUUCAGAUUCAGACAGAAAUGCUCAGGACAAGAAAAAACAUGUGGGGAGGCAAUGGACAAAAAAUAAGAGACAUGACUCUGAUGAUUUGGAACCAGAAACUGAUGAUGAUGAGAAAAGCAGAAAGCAAGCAGACAAACAUCGCAGACCCAUUGGAAGGUACAAGAGCAGCGACUCUGAAUCUGACGAUCGAAAGAAAAAUGCCAUCAAUUAUAGGAAACAUGGAAAAAGCAGCAGAAGGCAUGAUUCUGAAGAUUCAGAAUAUGAUACUGAUGAUGAAAAGAAAAGGAGAACAAAGGGGAUGGGGAAACAUGGUGAAUCCAGCAAAAGACGCAAGACCAAGGACUCAGAUACUGACAGUGAAAAGAAAAUUGCCAUCAAUCUCAAGAAACAUGAGAAAAACAGGAGACAUGAUUCUGAGGAUCCAGAUUAUGAUACUGAAGAUGAAAAGAACCUAAAAAAAGGGAUGGAGAGUAGCAAACUAAGCAGAUGGCAUAUGAAUUAUGAUUUUGACUCUGACAGUGAAAAGAAAAAUAAGAGCAGAAAACAUAGUGCUUCUCAUGAAUCUCAUCAUGUUAGAUCAAGGAAGGUUGCUGAAGGGAAAACACGUGGUAACAGGAGAAUGGGGAGAAGGCAUGAUACUGAUGAUGAGAGCUCCUAUACUGAUAGUGGUAAGGAAACUGCUGGCAAUCAAGUUGUGAAAUACAGUAAAUCUAAACAGAAGCAAGAUUCAGUGACUGAUGACAGUGGAAGCCAGAGCUCUUACUCUAGCAGUGACACAAAUUCUGAUAAUAGCAAUAGGCCCGUGAAGCAGGAUAGGAGAAAAACAGGCAGGCGGGAUAAUAACAGAAAUGCUGGAAGUGAGCGUCAAAAUGGUAAUGACAGUAUUAAGAGAGAAUACUCAGAUAUUCCAAAGAAGGCUGAAAGAACUAACCAGUUUGAAUCAAGGCAAGAUAGGAAGGACAUUGAUGACCACGGAAGCCAGGAAGCAAAGAAAAGGAGAGAGGCUGUACAUGGUCGCCCAUAUGCUGGUGUACGGGAAUCGAAAUCUACUAGUGUUGGUUUAGUAGAAGGGGAGAGAAGGAGAGAGAGUGAGAGCAGAGGUCAUAAGAACUACCAUGGAAGCCGAGAAGAACGGAAGAGGGAGGACAACUCCGUAUUGCAAAAAGUUGGUGAUAAACGGGCAUUAGAAGAACAUGUAAAUGAAGAUAAGUAUGGUAGCAGAAGGUACAGUAAAGAUGAGCAGAGCUAUGAUGGUGCUAAGAGGAGAAGAUAUGAAGAUUCUCGGCAGUACCGAAGGCAUGAUAGGUAUGACCAUCGUUCCACUGAAGAUGCGGGCCGACGCAGGCACUGAUGCGCCUGUUCUUGUACCUGAAAUGGUGAGGCAUGGCUUGUGGUAGAGAAUGAGCUUUGAAGCGUAAAAUUCUGAUGGCGUCUUUGGUUAUGUACUUGAUGUUGUAGUGGCUGCAAACCUGUUCCUGGCAGCAAAAAAAUAAUUAAAACUUGAUUAGGGUGUUCCAUAAUAUGCUUGCACUUGCAACCAUGUAAUGGGGUCUAACUUGAUUAUAGUGUUCCAUAAUAUGCUCGCACUUGCAAUCAGGUAAUGUUCUAGGUUUCCUUCAAUGAGUAUUUUAUCCGAAUUACCAUUAAGAUUCACUAUAUGCCUGUGGCAGAACUGGUUCAGGAAUACCGUGUUUGUUAAAAGCAGCAUGUUUCCUUUUUC